AAAAGUUAUUUACAUUAUUAUCAAUUAUUUUAGCUUAUUAUUAAUUUAUUUCAAUAAUAAUGGGGAAAAAUUAUGAUUUCAACAUUGCAGAAAUUUCAAAUGACGCUAAGGAAGCUACUAAAUGUAUAGUUGACUUGUUAAUUAGUACUAUCUACCCGUUGAUGCUUAGCAUUCGGAGCGAAUUACAAAAUUAUGAUGGAGUUCUUCAACAAGACGAAAUUUCCAAAUUACAAGAUGUGUAUACACUGUGUUCAAGUCAAAUAAAAAAAUGUCUUCACACUUUGUUUGAUGUCUUCAAAACAGAAUAUCAUCAAGAUAUAUUUCUGCAUGAAACACGACAGUGUACACUAGAGAGAUUAACCUGGUGUAUAAACAGGCUAAAAUGUUUGAGAGAAAAAUUAAAUAUUUCAAAACAAGGAAAUCCUGAAGAAUUUUGUGAUGAUACCAUGCUGAUCUCUCCUAUGUACUUUGUUAACUGGAUAGACCAUACAUUUGAGGUCCUAUCAAAACUGGCUGAAGCAAUUUACAAGACUGAUCAUAAAGACAAUAAGGAUCUCUUUGAGCAGUGGAAAUGUGAUGUAGUUGAGUGUGUGAGCACACUACACACAUCCCUGGAUGAACUACUGUUGUCUGCCAUGACCCUGUGUAAAUACUGCCUGCCGUCUGACCAGCUCAUUGUCAAAGCUCGUUGCCAAGUGGUCCUCCGUGAAACCAAGGCUCUAUUAAGCGAAUUAAUGGACGGAGAUAUCAACUCUGGCAUAAAACUGACACCAGAGUCUCUCAAGCUUCCAAUAAUGCCAUCAAAUGUGAAUGUGCUUAUUGAUGUACUGAAAGAUGUGUUAUAUGUUCUGGAAACAAACACUAAUACAGCUUUAUUGACUUUAGUAGUCCACUGCUUUAGUUAUAGUAUGUCUCCAGUUGACAUGUUGAAGGAGCACUUCUAUAAUACUAAGGGUACAUGUUCUUGUCAUGUGAAAAGUGAUGAUGAAGUAACUGCGGACUGUUCAUUUGUGAAGGACUUCGAUCUUUAUAAUGAGAGGCUGCUGCAAAUUGGAUCGUUUGCAGUGUCAUGCUCUUCUGAUCAAAAUAGGAUCCUAACUCUUCGUAGUGGUUUAGCCAGCCUGGAGGCUCUCGACCCUCACCUGGUCCCGGCGCUGAUGCUGUCACCAGACAGUCUUCACGCCAGGCUACUGCUGGACUCCUGGCGGCAGGAAGUACAGGAGAUCAGGGACAGCAUCUUCUUGAUUGUAGAUCCAGCUGCUUUUGCCGAGAAAUCCAAACAAAUGAUGCACCAGUUCAUACUGGACCUCACCAAGGAGUCUGGUUACGACAAUGCUCGUGUGUGUUCAAUAAUAAACAUAGGCUGCGUAGUUCUCAAGUUCUUUGCUGUUUACGAAAUGUAUGAGCCCGAUGCUUUGACACAUCAUGAGAAAUUAGUGCCUUUACUCGCUGAUUUGGAUAAAGUACAAUUGGAAUGUAAAAUUGUAAGCAACUUGCUUAGUACCGGUGACGAUUUCGUGUACGAUGUAAAGAAAAGUAAGAACAAAGAAGUCUCAAUCGAUCAGCUUAUAAAACGUCUUAAACUUCUCUAUACAUUGGUCAGUAGAUUAAACUCGCUGUUGCAUCCGAAAGACAACGAAGAGCUCUUUGAUUGUGACGCGGAAGACGAGGUUCCUAUAAAGAACAUGACUCACACAGUUCUCCGUAAAAAUGGCAACACAUACGACGUACACUCACCAAGAAAGCCAUCCAAUAUAUCUCGAAGCAUCUUCGCUAGAACUACAAACAUAAGAUCGUCUACAAAUAAAUUUCCGCUACAGAAAUUGACUAAACAUUUGAAAGUCAAGAAGGGCGUAGAACUCAGCUUCUCCGUCCAGUUGGAUGAGCUUUUCGAUCUGUCGGAAGUCAAAAGCAAUAAUAAAACGGAAGUUUUUGCGAACAAGCAUCUGGAGUCUGUCAGAGAACAGUCGGUAUUGUACAAGUUCUCGCCUCAAAAACGGGCAUCCUUGAGAAAAGCGGUGCUCAGCAGACGUCACAAAUUGCCUUUUGAUUCGGAACUCGAGGGCAAGCGUGUGGAAGAUGUCGAGAGCUCUGUCCGCUCCGAAAAAGGAAGCCUUAUCGAUGAAGCAACUAGUUUGCAAAUAACAGACAUCCUGAGUCAGAUGACCAAUUUGACGCACGCGUUUUCUAAAAAGUCAGAGUUAGCUGAUGCAACGUACAUUCAUCCGAAAGAUGACAGAUUUGGUCAAAAUCGUGGGGCCAAUUCUAAUGUAUUGAAAAUUGAUAUCAAUACGAAUACGACUGUUAUGAAGCGUGUUUGGAACAUUCCAGUUAACGUAAGCAUGAUGGAAAUGCCUCUCGAUGAUAGUGCUGGGACGGCGGCGUCUAAUGUGACUCAACCAUCGAAUGUGACUACUUUAGAGAGAAUCAACGAUAUAGAUUUGGUUGAAACCAAGCUGAACAGUCUGAAAAGCAUGGAACUGGAAACCAGUUUGUGAAAUCGAAAUUAUUGUUAUACCGUUUUUUCAAAUAGCGUAGUUAUAGUUUUAAAAAGUAGGUAACACUCUUUUAUAAAAGUAAGUAAAUCCGUCCCUCUCUUUUAAGUGGAUACAUUUUAUUGAUGAACUAUAAAUCUAUUUUAGCGAUAUACUUAUUUUAAGAAAAUAAAUGAAUCGAAUUUUCAA